AUGGCUGAGGCUAUCGUUGCUGAUGUUGCUAAGGGAAUACUAGGAAAUCUGAUUCCACUGGUUACUGAGCAGAUUGGCCUUGCUUGGGGCUUCAAGGAUGAGCUGACACGGCUUCGUGACUCAGUAGAGAUGAUUCAAGCUGUGCUGGCUGAUGCAGAGAGAAGGCAAGUGGGAGAAGAGCGCGUGAAGCUUUGGUUGCAGAGGCUUAAAGACGUUGCUUAUGAUGCUGAUGACGUCCUAGAUGAGCUUGCUUACGAGCUUCUUCGGCGAAAGGUAGAGAUCCGAAACCAAAUGAAGAGAAAGGUAUGCUUUUUCUUUUCAUUUUCGAAUCCCAUUGCAUUCCGUUUUAAGAUGGCCAACAAAGUAAAGACUAUUGCUGGUUCACUAAAAAGGAUUAAUGAUGAAGCAAAUGGAUUUGGACUUAUUAGAGCUGAAUCAAUAAAUGCUAAUCUUGAUACUAUACCAAACCGAGAGACAAACUGCUUUAUCGAUAAUUCAGAAGUUGUAGGAAGGGAACAUCGUGUUUCAGAAAUAGUGCAGUUAGUGACUAAUACAGCUAGUCAAAAACUCUCAGUCAUUCCCAUAGUAGGAAUGGCGGGUUUGGGAAAAACAACUUUAGCAAAAUUAGUGUACAAUGAUGUGCAAGUAAAGAAUCAUUUUAAUAAGAAAAUAUGGGUAUGUGUCUCUAAUGAUUUUGAUGAAAAAAAGAUUUUAAGAGAUAUUCUAGAAUCACUUACACAUAACUCAAGUCCAUUAGUAGCAGACAAUGUAAUACUUGAAAAACUUCAAAAAGAGUUGGAGGGAGGAAGAUAUCUUCUAGUCCUUGAUGAUGUAUGGAAUGAAGAGUCACUUAAAUGGGAUACUUUAAUAAGUUGUUUGUUGGGAAUUACUUCAAAUAUUGGAAACAACAUUAUUGUAACGACCCGCAAUGACAAUGUUGUAGCAAUCAUGGGGUCACUUUUCCAAUGUCGCUUGGAGAAACUUUCAAAUGAUGAAUGUUGGUCCAUAAUCAAGAAAAAAGUAUCUCCUAAUGAAGGAGUUCCACUAACUCCAGAUUUGGAGGCUAUUGGAAGGGUUAUUGCCAAAAAAUGUGGAGGGGUCCCAUUAGCUGCAAAAGUCCUAGGAGGGAUGAUGUGUCGUCAAAUUGAGAGAAGUAAAUGGUUAGCAAUUCAAGACAAUGAAAUUUGGAAUUCCCAACAUCGUAGCAAUGAAAUGCUACCAAUAUUAAAAUUGAGCUUCGAUCAUCUUCCAUCACCAUCUCUUAAACAAUGCUUUGCAUAUUGUUCAAUUUUUCCUAAAGAUUAUAAGAUUAAAAAGAAAGAAUUAAUUCAGCUUUGGAUGGCUGAAGGGUUCCUUCAACCAUCUCAAGUAAGUAGUUUGGUGAUGGAGGAUAUUGGUAACAAACAUUUUGAUAUUUUGUUAACAAAUUCCUUAUUCCAGGAUGUGGAAAAGGAUGUAUAUGAUAAUAUUAUGAGUUGUAAGAUGCAUGAUUUGGUACAUGAUCUUGCCCUCUCAAUUUCAGUGGAUGAUAUCAAUUAUGUACGACGUUUGUUAAUCCAAUCUGAUGGGAAAAUGAUACCAAGAAUUCCAUUUUCAAAAGAUCAUGUGCGCACACUUGUUUUAGAAAAUGGUAUGUAUGGAAACAUAUUAUCAGAUUUUAAAAGCUUGCGUGUUCUAAAAUUAUCUGGGGAUCAGAUAUAUGAGUUAUCAGAUUCAAUUGGUUGCUUGGUACACUUGAGACUACUCCACAUCACAAUGACUAAGAUCAAAGCAUUACCAAAGUCCAUCACCAAGCUCUACAAUUUGCAAACUUUAAGACUUGAAAGCUGCUAUGAUCUCAAAGAGCUUCCAAAAGAUCUAAAAAAAUUGGAUAACUUGAGGCAUAUUUAUAUUGAUUAUUAUGGUAAUAUCAACCGAACACCAAAAGAUAUGGGGAAUUUGAAUUUUCUACAAACAUUGUCAUUCUUCAUUGUGGGUCAAGACGCAGGUGAGCAAAUCAAGGAAUUGGGAUGCUUGAAUCAACUUAGUGGAGAAUUAGACAUUAACAAUCUAGAGAAUGUGAGAGAUCAAGAAGAAGCUAGAAGUGCAAAUUUAGCAAUAAGGGCGAGAAUAAACCGGUUAGGAUUUUACUGGAGUCCUAGUCCAAAUAGAGAAGUCAACCAUCGUAAUGAGGAAGAAGUGUUGGAAGGCCUCCAUCCUCAUCAAAAUUUGAAAUCCAUUACAAUUUUUGGCUUUGGUGGAACGAAAUUCCCAUCAUGGAUGUCACUUUUUGACAAUUUGAUCCAAAUAAAUUUAAAUUGCUGCAACAAAUGUGAACAAGUUCCCACCCUCGGGCAUCUACCCUACCUUAAGGCUCUAGAAAUAGCGGGAAUGGUUGACGUGACAUGUAUUGGAGUUGAGUUUUACGGCAUGUGCAGUAAUGUAUUGUUCCCGGCAUUAAGAACACUCAGAAUUGGAUAUAUGCAGAAACUAGUGGAGUGGAAGGAUGCACUGGAGGUGACAUCAGCACGUGUAGCGUUUCCUUACCUUGAGGAGUUGACCAUUCAAUAUUGUGAACAACUGAGGAGUGCCCCGUGUCAUUUUCCGUUUCUACAGAAAUUAAAGAUUUCUAGAGUCCACAACAAGGCUUUGGAAAGGAUUAGCAGCAAUCUUACCACACUCAAGUCCGCCGAUAUUUCUAGUAUGUCAGGACUUACUUUUGUGCCAGAGCAACUUUUCUGUACCUCUCUCCAAUCACUCGAGAUAGAAAAUUGUGGGGAACUGAGUUAUAUUCCGGACACCUCGCAACCCUUCAUUUCCCUCGAGGAGUUGACAAUACGAAGUUGUCCUAAGCUUAAGUGUUUUCCACGUAUACAAGUUCUACGCAGCUUGCUUAUAUCAGGGUGUGGUUUUGAAGUUCUAACUACUCAGCUACAAUUAUGUACGUCUCUCUCACAAUUGCAUAUAGAAGAUUGUCCUAAUCUGAAAUCACUUCCAAAUCUACAAGAAUUCCAUUCUCUUGCCCAAUCAGAGAUCUAUAGGUGUCAUAAUCUCAAAUCAAUUCCAGAUCUAGGAGAGUUGUGCUUUCUUACACGUUUAGCAAUUACAGAUUGCAGCAACAUCACGCGUCUACCAGAGGGGUCAUUAAAAUGCUUGAAGAGUUUGGAGAUUGGUGGGUAUUGUGAGGAGCUGGAUGUUUUUCCCAGUCUCAAUUUCAUCCAACACUCUUAUACGACGCUCGAAUUUCUAUACUUGAACGGGUGGGCUAAACUCAACUCUCUCCCAAGCGAAAUUCAACAUUUCACUGCCCUUGAAACUCUGCAUGUCGAAGAUUUUGAUGGAAUAGAAACUUUACCUGAGUGGUUGGGCGACCUUUCUUCCCUUAAAACACUCAUGAUUUGGAAGUGCAAUAACUUGAUGUAUCUGCCCACAACACGCCUCAUUAAAUUAGAAGAACUAGAUAUUUUGGAUUGCUCCAUCUUAAAGGAAAGAUGUGCGAAGGGAACCGGGGCUGAGUGGUUGAAGAUUGCCCACAUUCCAAAGAUAAUCAUGUAA